AAUCUGGGGGUGUUUUUUAAUACCGCCUCAGUAUUACAGCUGUAUACAAUACUCAAAAAAUUAGUUUUCAAUAUUUUCAAUUUAUUAAAUUUUUUCUAUAAUAAUUCUGUAUUAAAUUUGAGUAUUUCUUUUAUUAAAAUGCUCAUUUUAAUACUAGCCUUCUUAUCUUUAAUUUCAAAAUAUUUAAAUUUAAUUCCAAUAUUCUACAAUCUAACCCGAUCUUUAUUAAAACCUUAAUUCAACCUAGAACUUAUUACAAAUAAACUAUAGUUGACUUAAAAUAUAAUACCUACUCUGAUUGCAUUUUAAUAAUAAGGCAUAUUUUAUUCAAAUAUUAUUACUUUUUUUUACUAUAAUUUAAUGUUAAACAAACGGCAUAAGUAUAUCAUUAGUUUCAAAAUUUAAUGAUUAAAUUUGAUUAAUUUGAAACAGAAUUACUUUUAAGUAUUUAAAAAUUUUUCAGUAUUAUGUUUCAAUAUUUCGAUAUUACAUUUUUGGACAUAAUAAAAUCAUACAUACGAAUUACUUUUCAAUCCGUGAGUACUACAUUUUAACUUUAAUGUAUUACUAUAACUCGCUGAGCGCGUUAGUCUCCUAUAUACUUAUGUAUAUUGCUUACAUUUCCAUGUAUUGCAUUUAAAUAUUCAAGUAUUGUUUUUAAACCUUUUAAUACUUAGUUCUACCCCUGUAGUAUUGCUUUCAAAUAUUGUCGGAUUACUUCUUAACCCAUGAGCAUUAAAUUUUAAUUUUUUGGUAUUACUUUUCAAACCAAAAGAUAUUAUUUUAUCGCCCUGUUGCUGUUAGUUUGUUUGCGUGCGUCACCGUCGUCGGCAGUCAUGGAAUUUAUGUUAGACAAUUUACUCGGAGUGAUAAUAAAAUUUAAAAAUUUGGAAAAUAAUACCAUAAAAUACAAACAAAUUAAAAACCUGAGUAGUAAAAGUGACUCAGUAAUAUGUAAUGAGGAUAUUAUUCUUUCAAUUUUGGAAGGCGAGGAUAUUGAAGCGGACUUUGUUUUGAGAGAUCGGGACGACGACGAGAUUCCACUUAACAUUCUAAGUGAAAUAGUGAGGCAGUAUUCGAAUUGUGCCUGCUUUUGUGUAAAGAUUUGUCCCGUUAUCCAAAAGGUGUUUGAUUCUGUCGGAGACUUGAGAAAGCAGGACGCAGCUGGAGGCAGCAGUGUUGUUAUAUACAAGGAAGGCUUGGAAUCCUAUAUAAGAGCGAGCCAAUCGGCAUUUAUAUUAGAAGAAUACUCCCGUAGCAACAGCCUCAAGGAUUCUUCUCGAAGGACGUUAGUCACAUUAGGAACCGAAUACUUACGGUCAAUGUGUGGAAAUUAUCCUUCCAAAGAGGCGAAACUUGCUUGUGCAAAAGCAAUCAUUGCAAUCUUUCCGUGCUACAGAAUUGAAGAUAGCAAAAUUGGAGGCUGUGUAAGUACAUCUUUUUUAUGUGUACAUUUAUGUAUUAAAAAUUUUCAAAAUUGAAAACAAUGCUUGCUUCUUAUGCUUAAAAUAUAAAAAACAAAGUUUUGAAAAUCUAGUUAAUAUGUUCACUGUCAUUAAGACAAACGAUAA